GACCGAUAAAAAUAUUGAGUUUUCAGAUGGUGUGUUAAUUAUUCAAGGAGAUUCAAUGAAUGAUUAUGGUACUCAAUAUACCAUUAAUAGAGCUGAAGAAUUGAAAAAGAAAUUGAAAAUUGUGAAUGUAUUCACAAGUAAUUUAGACAAGGUUGUGAAAUGGAUUGUUAAUAAUAAUAUACGCUUAUUAAAUAUCUCUGGAGAAAGGAAAAGUAAUUUGUUAGAAGUAGAUCUCCAAGUGAAAAUGGUUUUCAAAAAAUUUUUGAACAAUAUUCAUGAUGAAAUUCUUCAAAAUAGUGGAUUUCUGAUUUAUGAUUCAAUCAGAAAGUUUUAUACUCUCGGUCCGGAAGGUUCUUUUUCGUAUUUUACUGCACAGAAAAUUUUUCAAAAAAUGCGUGAGAAAUGUGCUAAUGUUGAAAUAGUCCUUUUAAAGGAAAAGAGCGAAUUAAUUAAAAUUCUACCAAUACUAAGAUAUGAUAAGUGUCUGUUAGUUCCCACCCAAGUAAACGGAAUUGAUACAUUCGAACAAAAUCAUUUAUUUGAAAGGUUUAAAGUUAAAUUCGAAAUUGAGACACCUGUGAGGUAUGCAUUACUCUCAGUACAAAAUGAUAUUUUAGGAAUAGAAAAAUUGUAUAGUCAUGAAUCAGCUUUUGAAGAGUGCAAGAAUUGGAUUUGUAAGAAAUUACCAAACGUUAGGAAAAUAAGCGUUGGAUCAACUAGCGAAGCGGCAAAAGUAGCUUCAUUUUCUCAUUCAGCGUCGCUUUCAAAUAUAUCAUGUUCAAUGUUGUAUAACCGUAACAUAUUAGAAACAGAUAUUUGUGAUUUAUUAAAUAAUAAAACCACAUUUGUAUUUGUGAGCAAUCACGAAGGAUUAAAUAUAUUAAUAAAAAUUUAA